AGAUAAUCACCGAUUUCAGGAAGAAACCUCGCUCAUCAAAGGGACUGAGGUGGAGAGGGCUGACAGCUACAAAAUCCUGGGACUGCAGGUCACAUCAUACCUGAGCUGGAUGCUCAACACCACAGCCACUGUGGGAAAAAAGCCCAGGUAAGGCUUUAUUUUCCUGAACCACAUCAGUAUUUGCGUUCCAAAGGUGUGGCUAAGGACAUAACUGAAAAACUGGUUGAACACGCCAACCACAGUCGUGGGUUUGUAUCAAAUAAAAGUUUCAUCGAGGAUGACCCAUUAUCUGUCAGUCACAGAACGGGGGAAGAGGACUCACUGAAUGCUGCAGCGUCUCACUUCAUCAAGGUGAAUCAUGCUCCUCACAGUCGGUCAGACGACUUCCAUGCGCAUGUUUGUCUUCAGCUGCAUCAUGGUGUUGUGUUUCGCUGGACUUUUCUUCAUGUAUUACAAGCCUGAUGUCAACUUCCCCACUUUUGCCGUUCACACGGAGAGAGGUGACCACUCUUGUCAGUGUCCAGUGGACGCAGUGGAGCAGAGAUCAAACCCCAACUGUUCUUCAGAGCCGCAGAUCGCCCCAACUGACGUCCAGAAGAUCCAGGAGGACACUGAGCCCGACACUGUUGUCUUGGUCUGGUUCUGGCCGUUUGGUGCUAGGUUUGAUCUCAAGUGCGACAGACACAAUUUCAAAAGAUGCGUCUUGACGGCGAACAAGUCACGCUAUGAUGAAGCCCAUGGUGUUCUCAUCCACCACAGGGACAUCAGAUGGGGCAACUUGCCAAAAAAUCCUCGUCCCUGGUUCCAGAAGUGGGUGUGGUUUAACAUGGAGUCACCAACAAACUCACAGCAAGUAUCUCACAUUGAUGAAUUAUUCAACUUGACCUGCAGUUAUCACCUGGAUUCAAACAUCUCUGUGCCUUAUGGACAUUUGGAGCCACGAGCAUCUGGAGAGGAGACUUUCCAAGUGCCACCAAAGGACAAGCUGGUCUGUUGGAUUGUGAGCCACUGGAAUGAGCGAUUCAGAAGAGUUCAGUUCUACAAUGAAUUGAAAAAACAUGUGAAUAUAACUGUUUAUGGACGAGCUUUUAGACAACGAAUCGAUCGUAAAGAAUAUAAUCACAUUGUACCCAGUUGUAAAUUUUACCUGGCCUUUGAAAACUCUGUGCACAAAGACUACAUUUCAGAGAAGUUCUUCAACGCUAUGAACUUAGGAACUGUACCCGUUACUCUGGGCCCUCCGAGGCAAAACUAUGAGGACAAUGUCCCAGGUGAUUCUUUCAUUCAUGUCGAUGACUUCCCCACAGCAAAGCAGCUGGCAGACAGGCUACUUUACCUCGACCGAAAUGAUACUGAAUAUAUGAAAUACUUUGAAUGGACAAAAAAGUAUAAAGUUGAAAGGGCAGUAUUUGGUACAACACACGCCUGCAAAACAUGCGCUUACCUACAACAACACAGAGGGUACCAAGCUUUUCUAACGCUUAAAAAGUGGCACUGGGGUUAACCCGUAGUGCACCCAUGAUAAAUUGCCUUGGCAAUAAUAUACAACUCCUGGACAUCCUGGGGGGUGUGUUUGUGGGUCACAUAUUCAGGCUUUAAAAAAAUGUGUGUGUGUGGGGUUCACCUUCUUAUGUGUUUGUCGAGUCAAAGUUAUGAUUCAUUUUAUAUAAAGCGGCAAUAAUUGUGCAGAA